AUGCAACUUUUAGUUCUAAGUAUCAGUGCACCAGACUCGCGUGCAGAACCCAGUCUCAUCUACAACAUCGUGCUCAUCAGUAUCAGUGCACCAGACUCGCGUGCAGAACCCAGUCACAUCUACAACAACGUGCUCAUCAGUAUCAGUGCACCAGACUCGAGUGCAGAACCCAGUCUCAUCUACAACAUCGUGCUCAUCAGUAUCAGUGCACCAGAGUCGUGUGCAGAGCCCAGUGGACUGUGUAUCACACUUGGUUAUUUGUGUAAUCAGACAAACUGUACAUCACAACAGUUGCUGUCAGGUGGACUGUGUAUCACACUUGGUUAUCUGUGUAAUCAGACAAACUGUACCUCACAACAGUUGCUGUCAUAUAGACUACGUAUCAUACUUGGUUAUUUGUGUAGGCAUUCAAACUGUACCUCACAACAGUUGCUGUCAGGUGGACUGUGUAUCACACUUGGUUAUCUGUGUAAUCAGACAAACUGUACAUUACAAAAGUUGCUGUCAUAUAGACUAUGUAUCAUACUUGGUUAUUUGUGUAGGCAUUCAAACUGUACCUCACAACAGUUGCUGUCAGGUGGACUGUGUAUCACACUUGGUUAUUUGUGUAGGCAUUCAAACUGUACCUCACAACAGUUGCUGUCAGGUGGACUGUGUAUCACACUUGGUUAUUUGUGUAGGCAUUCAAACUGUACCUCACAAAAGUUGCUGUCAGGUGGACUGUGUAUCACACUUGGUUAUCUGUGUAAUCAGACAAACUGUACAUCACAACAGUUGCUGUCAUAUAGACUGUGUAUCACACUUGGUUAUUUGUGUAAUCAGACAAACUGUACCUCACAACAGUUGCUGUCAGGUGGACUGUGUAUCACACUUGGUUAUCUGUGUAAUCAGACAAACUGUACAUUACAAAAGUUGCUGUCAUAUAGACUAUGUAUCAUACUUGGUUAUUUGUGUAGGCAUUCAAACUGUACCUCACAAAAGUGGCUGUCAGGUGGACUGUGUAUCAUACUUGGUUAUUUGUGUAGGCAUUCAAACUGUACCUCACAACAGUUGCUGUCAGGUGGACUGUGUAUCACACUUGGUUAUUUGUGUAGGCAUUCAAACUGUACAUCAGAACAGUUACUGUCAUAUAGACUAUGUAUCAUACUUGGUUAUUUGUGUAAGCAUUCAAACUGUACCUCACAAAAGUUGCUGUCAGGUGGACUGUGUAUCAUACUUGGUUAUUUGUGUAGGCAUUCAAACUGUACCUCACAACAGUUGCUGUCAGGUGGACUGUGUAUCACACUUGGUUAUUUGUGUAAUCAUUCAAACUGUACCUCACAAAAGUUGCUGUCAGGUGGACUGUGUAUCACACUUGGUUAUCUGUGUAAUCAGACAAACUGUACAUCACAAAAGUUGCUGUCAUAUAGACUAUGUAUCAUACUUGGUUAUUUGUGUAAUCAGACAAACUGUACCUCACAAAAGUUGCUGUCAGGUGGACUGUGUAUCAUACUUGGUUAUUUGUGUAAUCAGACAAACUGUACCAUCACAACAGUUGCUGUCAGGUGGACUGUGUAUCACACUUGGUUAUUUGUGUAAUUCAGACAAACUGUACAUCACAACAGUUACUGUCAUAUAGACUAUGUAUCAUACUUGGUUAUUUGUGUAAGCAUUCAAACUGUACCUCACAAAAGUUGCUGUCAGGUGGACUGUGUAUCAUACUUGGUUAUUUGUGUAGGCAUUCAAACUGUACCUCACAACAGUUGCUGUCAGGUGGACUGUGUAUCACACUUGGUUAUUUGUGUAGGCAUUCAAACUAUACAUCACAACAGUUGCUGCCAUAUAGACUAUGUAUCACACUUGGUUAUUUGCUGUAAUCAGACAAACUGUACAUCACAACAGUUGCUGUCAUAUAGACUAUGUAUCACACUUGGUUAUUUGCUGUAAUCAGACAAACUGUACCUCACAACAGUUGCUGUCAGGUGGACUGUGUAUCACACUUGGUUAUUUGUGUAGGCAUUCAAACUGUACCUCACAACAGUUGCUGUCAUAUAGACUACGUAUCAUACUUGGUUAUUUGU